UUUGAGCGGUGAGCGAUAGGCCUCAGGGCGGCGGUGCGGCGUUCCUUUUGCGUUCCUGAAGGUCACGGUGACGUCAGGAGGCGGGCGUUGCGCGGGGCGGCCGCGCCUGGGGAGGCGAGGCCACACAGAUGCCAUCACUGCCUCGCAGACGACAGUGACCACAGUGUCACCUCGAUCCGACUCAGCACUCGCCACGAACGACCGAGGCUGUCAGUAGUGCUGUCUGCCUCGCCUGUGUUCCGAGGGACUUCGACUCGCCCGUAAAGUGAACCACGUGACGGGCGCACCGCUGCCCCGCCGCCCGCCGCCCUCUUGCCCGUGACCUACUGGACGCAGGCGGCGCUGCGCCGCGACGACCUGUGCUGCCCCGUCACUCGGCUCGCGCCGCGCCAGUGUGCCCUGCCCCUCGUGCCUGCCCCGCACGUGCACGGUGCCCGCCGCCGCGGCCCCGAGGUGACGAUGUGAGGGGCAUGUGGUGACCUGUGAUGCCGAGUGUGUCGUGCCGCAGGACCAGGUGCCGGUGCCAGACAGAGUCCCAGAACAGUGACAGUGUUGACUGAGUCAGGUUGCCGCGUUGUGGCCAGCAGCAGCAGUGCUUUCUUGCUCGAGUCGGCCAGUAAUGCACGCUUGAAAAUGUCCGACGAGGAUCUUGGCAACGACUACAUGGCGGACUUCAUGCUGGAGUCGCUUGAGGGCGUGAUGGACGGCGUGAAGGAGCACAAAGACCUGCACGCCAUGGGCGGCGUGGCCAUGGGCCGCGUGCCCACCCACAUGAUGACGCCCCACAUGCCCAACAUGGCCGCCUCCGGCGCCUGGAUGAACCACACCCCCUACCACCACCCCGGCAGCCUAACGGCGGCCGCAGUGUCCACCCAGCAGGUAAAGCCGCCCUCACAGGUGCCCACCACCCCCCCAGACACCCCGCCGGGCUCCUCCCCCAACAACGGCUCCCUGUCCGCCUCGCCGCACUUCCAGGGGAUGCAGCAACACCCGCUGGUGGACGAGUUCUGUUACUACAACCGCUACAUGCACGAGCCCCUCGACCUGCGGCCCGGCCCCCAGUGCGGCGGCGAGCAGCUGGAGUCGCAGUGGAUGCUGGAGAGAAAAUGGGACAUGAACAUGCAGCAGCGUCACCCCCUCACGCCGCUGGGCAUCGUCAAGGGCACUAGCGACUCGCAGGGCGCCUGUCAGAUGAACCUGCCCACGCUGCCCCAGCAGACUGGCUCCUACUCCAUUUCUGACGACGAGCUCGUCACGCUGUCGGUGCGGGAGCUGAACCGCAAACUCCACCACAUGCCAAAAGAACACCAAACCAAGUACAAGCAGAAACGAAGAACACUAAAAAACCGAGGCUACGCCCAGAGCUGCCGCAUGAAGCGGCAAAACUACAAGAUGGAGCUGGAGAGCGACCUCAAGCUGGCCAAGAACGAGAUCAUCCGCGCCAGCCAGCAGGCGGCCAACUUCAAGUCAGAGAAUAGUUAUUUGAAACAAGAAAACGAAAGCCUCCGCCGGGAGCGAGACGCCUUGAGGCAAGAAAUCGAGUCCUGCAGGCGGCAGCUCCAGCAGCUCCAGCAGCAGCAGCAGCAGCAGCAGCAGAAGCAGCCACCGCAGCAGCAGUCAUCACAGCAAACGCCAGAAUCAGCAGGCAACCAGGAGUAUUACUCCAUGUGACCACGUUGUCCGCAGCAGCAGCAGCAGCCGAAGCCAAGUGAGGCUCGCCUCCCCAGGGCCAGGAGCAAGGCCUGGCCCGUGGGGCGAGGCGCCGCUCUGUAGCCGGGCAGAGGAGGCGUUCACUUGUUCGGCUGUGAUUCUCCUCUUGAGCAAGUGGACGGCCGCUGGGGCGCGCCCCCGCCCGCACGCAGCCCCUCCCCCACCCUGGCGACAAUCAUCGGGGCUGUGCGGGGCGGGCGGCGGCGGCGCCCCCACCGUCGCCCGCUGGUUCAGGGCGCGGCGCAGCGACCCCCGAGGCCCACCACCGGCCGGCCGCGCCCCCGCUGCCCGGGGCUGCCGCGGCGUGCUGAGGGUAAGCUCUGCAGUGUACACGCGUACGGUGUUGUAUGAACUCUGAUCGUGUUUAUCUUGCUUGCACUUCCGUUAAUCACUGCAUUAUGUUCAAACGUUGCAGCCUACCGUGGUUACCGUAACUUUUGUUUAGUAUGUUAAGUUUGCCUUUACGGUGCGGGGUGGGCGAGGGGUCGGCGGGCGGCGCCUCGGCGGCCCCUCGCUCACCCCGCACCCCGCCUGUCUCGGUGCGUCGCCACGCCCACUCUCUCAUUAGUCUGUAACUUUAACUCUAACAAGCAGCACAAAGCCCUUCACUGGCAUGGCCGGGGACGGAGCGACGCACUGAGGCAAAGAACCAUACGCCAACAUGUCCUGCGGGCAGAUCUCUCGUCCACCCGGGCAGCGCGGCGGCCAGGCCAUGGGAGGAACACAAACACUCGGCUGCCCCGCGCGCCACGUGGAGGAGAGACCUGGCCGCGCCGCCCACAAGAACUCAUUCCACUUCACGAUGACUGAGCGGCCUGUCCCGAUGACGCCCUGCUCCGGUGCGGUGACGGUAAAGGGAAGGAUAACUGACUAGUGCUGCUGGGACGAAGAUUGCCUCCCACUCACUCCACAACCACUGUUCCAUUGACUCAAUUCUCCGGUGCGCUGGCGGUAAAGUGAAGGGUAACUGGCUAUUAGUAUUAAGAUGAAGUUUGCCUCCCACUCACUCCACAACCACUCUCCCGAUGACUCAGUUCUCUGUUUUGGCGGCGGUAACUUAGUGAAGGGUAACUGGCUAUUGGUAUUAAGAUCAAAUUCACCUCCCACGCACUCCACAACCAGUCCAUAUGACGUUAUUCUCACUAGUUAACGGAAGAAUGAGGUGUUAUUCUCUACCUCUGCAAGCCUUGAUACCCAAUGCUGUACUCCCUUAUGAGCUGACGGGCAUACAUCUCACUCCACAACCAGUCCACAUGACAUUUUCACUAGUUAACGGAAAAAUGAGGUGUUAUUCUCUACCUCUGUAAGCCUUGAUAUACCCAAUGAUGUACUCCCUUAUGAGCUGACGGGCAAAUGAGAUGUACGUAACCGACUGACUAUAUCGAAACCUGACUCCAAUAGAUUCCAAAACUUGAACAGGCGAAGCGCACGUCAAAUGUCUUUCAACAGUGUACAGACGUGACAGUGUGGCGUCAGCGUGUGGCUUUUCCUAUCGAGAUGUGUCGCGCGGGUCACAUUCUUCAACAUUUCAGCACCUAAGCACACCCACCCACUUGACAAUGCUUUCGUGGGAGUUUUUUGGGGCAUUUCCGGGGGUAGUUAUAUGAUCCUGGUGGAAGUCUGACCGUUCAUCUGUACCGUGAACCUGAAAAACCACUCAUCAGAACCCGAUUAACCUUCCUCUAGGCUUUCGGCAAUAGUUGAUGUAAGAGUUGGAAGCGUCUGAGGGCAUUUCCGGGGGUAGUUUUAUGAUCCUGGUGGAAGUCUGACCGUUCUUCUGUACCGUGAACCUGAAACACCGCUAAUUAGAACCCGGUUAACCUUCCUCUAGGCCUUUGGGAAGAGUUGAUGUAAGGGUUAAAAGCGUCUGAGGGCAUUUCCGGGGGUAGUUUUAUGAUCCUGGUGGAAGUCUGACCGUUCUUCUGUACCGUGAACCUGAAACACCGCUAAUUAGAACCCGAUUAACCUUCCUCUAGGCCUUUGGGAAGAGUUGAUGUAAGGGUUAGAAGCGUCUGAGGGCAUUUCCGGGGGUAGUUUUAUGAUCCUGGUGGAAGUCUGAUCGUUCUUCUGUACCGUGAACCUGAAAAACCACUCAUCAGAACCCGAUUAACCUUCCUCUAGGCCUUUGGGAAGAGUUGAUGUAAGGGUUAAAAGCGUCUGAAGGCAUUUCCGGGGGUAGUUUUA